UUGAUUAAGUUGAUGUUGUUGAUUAGUUAGUAAAAAAAAUGAUAGAAUAUGUGCAUAAUAUGAGAGGUAGGGUUGCCAGCUAUCAACUACCACAACUAAUCCGACCGAUCCAUCUAUCCAUCCACCCAUUUUGUCAAGCAUAUGCUCUCUUUUUUCAUUUUCAACUUAUCUUCCAACUGUUUGAUAUCUCCCCAUCAAACUCACAUGUAUAUAAGCUUCUUUCCACACACCUCUUCCACGAACCAUCCAAUCUCACCUUCUUCCUCUUCAACUAUUCCUCCAUCUUCACCACCAAUAACCCAUCACUGCCCAAGCUAAUCGUGUUUAUACAACAAUCACAAUCACAAACCCAUACCCUUCCAACCAAGCCAUUCAAAAUGAACCGUGCGGAGCAUAUCGCUUAUGACAUGGUCAUGAUCACUCUAUCCGUAUCUCUGGUCGUUCUUGGCAUCAUCCUCUUCCUAGCUUGCAAGAAGAAACCCGUUGAAUCCGAAGAAACACUUCCCGUGAAGCUGUGUGCUCGUGCAUACCCCUUGACGGAAGUUGAUGCCGCCACCGAUGGCUUCAACCACAGGAGAAUCAUUGGGCAGGGUCGCCUAGGAACCGUGUACGCAGGGACACUGGAGAAAGAAGAGUUUGUAGCUGUUAAAAGGAUUCACCCCGUUCUUGUGUUGAGCAAUGCAGGUUUUGGUUUCUCAUCCGUUUUGAAAUGGCUCUCCUUGGCCCAACACCCCAACGUAGUUCCAAUCAUAGGGUUCUCAGAAGCACCGGGUGAGAGAGUUAUUCUGAUGGAGUUCGUGCACAUGGCGAGCUUGGACUUCUACUUGCAUCAAAACCAAGACGGGGCUUCACUUUUGGAUUGGAACAAGAGGUUCAGGAUUGCAGCUGGAGCAGCCAGAGGGCUUCAAUACCUGCAUGAAGUGGUGGCACCAAACAUUGUACAUGGGUGUGUUAAGUCCUCUAAUAUCCUGAUCGAUGUGAACUUCUGUGCUAGGAUUUCUGAUUAUGGGCUUAACUUUUUGGCACCUGUGGAAAAGAGAGGGCUAGUGGGGUACGUGGAUGAUGAAUAUUGGAGUGAAAGAAGGGGUGGUGGAGCUACCAAGGAGAGUGAUGUUUAUGGGUUAGGGGUGGUCCUGCUUGAGCUUUUAACUGGAAAAGGGUGUGAGGGAGGGUUGUUGGUGAAGUGGGCAUUGCCUUUAAUUAGAGAAACCAGUUUUAGUGAACUAUUAGAUCCUAGGUUGGUGAUUCCUUCUGACACGAAGCCUCUGGUUAGAUUAGCCAAAGUUGCUUCAGCAUGUGUCGGUAACUCACGCAAAUGUAGACCUUCUGUCGCUCAAGUGGCUACCAUUUUGAACAAUUUAGAGACUGAAGUGUGCCUCUGAUUCCCAUCAUGAUGUAGUCAAAUUCAUUGAGCAAUUUGCCUUCAAUUUUGUACCAAAAAAUGGGUUUGGACCAAUCGCCAAGAGUUGGAAUGCAAACGGCAUAAAAAAUAAAAAAAUCUUAGUCUUCUCUUAUGAUUAGUUAAUGAAUUGACCGAAAUAAAGAGGAGAAAAAGUGUGAUGAGUUUGGUGAGGUUGAGAUUCAUCGGAUGCGAGUGAUUGGUGAGAAAAUUGGUGGAAUUUUGAGGAGGGAAGAGGGUGUUAUCGAAUAAUUUUUUGUUGGGGAAUUUUGAAAUAGAAAGGUGGGACGGUGCCGUUGUCCUUAGGGCGGUGAGUAUUAAUCUCUGGUUCCGUGUAGCAUGGGGAUCAUCCUUUUGGUCAUGAAAGUGACCUAUUUUUGUAUUUCUUUAAUUCUUAGUUUCUCCAAACUUUUAAUGUGUGCAUAUGUACCUAUUUUUCCCAGCUUGUAAUUAGGUACCCACAACGUUAAUAUCGGUGUUGUCUUUUAGUUUACAUACAGCUAGUAAAACAG